AGCACGUUCACCUAUACCCAGCUGUGUGUCUCUGAAUAGUGAUCGUUCGAUGCAUCAUCCAGUUAACUUCAGAGGAGAGUUCACAGGUGAUCAAAGGGUCCAGGUAGAAAGAGCAGGGUCACCUGUACCCAGCUGUGUGUCUCUGAAGAGUGAUCGUUCAAUGCAUCUUCCAGUUAACUUCAAAGGAGAGUUCACAGGUGAUCAAAGGGUCCAGGUAGAAAGAGCAGGGUCACCUGUACCCAGCUGUGUGUCUCUGAAGAGUGAUCGUUCAAUGCAUCUUCCAGUUAACUUCAAAGGAGAGUUCACAGGUGAUCAAAGGGUCCAGGUAGAAAGAGCAGGGUCACCUGUACCCAGCUGUGUGUCUCUGAAGAGUGAUCGUUCAAUGCAUCUUCCAGUUAACUUCAAAGGAGAGUUCACAGGUGAUCAAAGGAUACAGCAUUCACUUCAGUCCAGCUCUUUAGAAGUGACAAGUUCAGAGAAAUUAUCCUCCCCAAAACAGUCUCUCCUGCAAACUCUGAUGAAACUUAAAAAGGAUGAAAAGUUGGAAGUGUUUCAGAGUCAUCUGAGUCAGGACUGCCCAGAAUGCUUUAAGACUCUGUCUGAAGAUCCUUCUGUACUAGAUAAGUUCAUGAAGAUGAAGGAAUUGUUCAUGGGCCAUCAAAUUCAUGACUACCCAGAAUGCACUGAGGGAAAGCAGGAGGACCCUGAGGCCCUGUACACAGUUGAGAAGAUGCUGGAGACCUGUGGCAGUGAGAGGUCUCUGAAGAUCACGCUCCACAUCCUGAGGGACAUGAAGCAGAAGGAUCUCGCCGACUCACUGGAGAGAGAUGAAUCCAUAAAAAGAGCCCAGCAGGUACUGAAAACUCAACUGAAGAAGAAGUUUGAAUGCAUAUUUGAAGGUUUAGCAAAGCAGGGCCACCCAACCCUCCUCAAUGAGAUCUAUACAGAGCUCUACAUCACAGAGGGGGGAAGUGGGGGGGUCAAUAAUGAACACGAGGUCAGACAGAUUGAAACAGCAUCCAAGGGACAAACCACACAGGAGACUGCAAUCAUCUGCAAUGACAUCUUUAAGCCUUUACCUGGACAAGAGAAACCCAUGAGAACUGUGCUUACAAAGGGCAUCGCUGGCAUUGGGAAAACUGUCUCUGUGCAGAAGUUCAUUCUGGACUGGGCAGAAGGAAAAGCCAAUCAGGACAUUGAUUUCAUCUUCACACUUCCUUUCCGAGAUCUGAAUUGCAACAAGGAAAGAACAUUCAGUCUGAUGCAACUUCUGCAGAAUUACUUUCCACAACUGCAAGGGAAAAGUGUUGAAGGUGAUGAAGUCAAAGUUGUGUUUAUCUUUGAUGGUCUGGAUGAGUGUAGACUUCCUCUACAUUUCCAAGGCAAUGAGACCUGCUGUGAUAUAACAGAGACAUCGUCAGUGGAUGUGCUACUGACCAGCCUCAUUAAGGGGAAUCUGCUUCCCUCUGCUCUCCUCUGGAUCACCUCCCGACCCGCAGCAGCCAGUCAGAUCCCUCCUGAGUGUGUCCACCGAGUAACAGAGGUACGAGGGUUCAAUGACCCACAGAAGGAGGAGUACUUCAGGAAGAGAAUCAGAGAUCGGAACCUGGCCAGCAGAAUUAUCUUGCACAUAAAGUCAUCCAGGAGUCUCUACAUCAUGUGUCACAUACCAGUCUUCUGCUGGAUUUCUGCUACUGUUCUGGAGACAAUGUUGGGUAAAGAAGAGAGUGGAGAUCUGCCCAAAACUCUGACUGAAAUGUACACACACUUCCUGCUCAUUCAGACUAAUGUAAAGAAUCAGAAAUAUCAUGACACCAAUGAGACAAACCAAAAGAAAAUGUCAGAUUCAGAUGCAGAAAUUAUUCUGAAACUGGGGCAGCUGGCUUUUCUACAGCUGGAAAAGGGCAAUCUGAUAUUCUAUGAGGAGGAUCUGAGAGAGAGUGGCAUUGAUGUCAGUGAAGCUUCAGAGUACUCUGGGGUGUGCACCGAGAUCUUUAAAGAGGAGUGUGGGUUAUAUCAGGAGAAGGUCUACUGCUUUGUGCAUCUGAGCAUUCAGGAGUUUUUGGCUGCCUUGUUUGUGUUUCAUUCAUGUGCAAAUGAGAACAGAAAUGUACUCAGACCGGGAAAGGAAGUAUCCCAAGAAACACUUAAAAAAGAUGGUGGUGGUGAUGAUUUUGAUGAUGAGGUGGAUGAAGAGGAGAGGAGUGAUGACAAUGAUGAUUAUGAUGAUCAUGAAGAGGAGAAAUCUGAUGGUUAUGAUGAUUUUGAUAUUGAUUAUGAUGAAAAUGAUGAUUAUGAUGAUGAGGAGGAUGAAGAGGAGAGGAGUGAUGACAAUGAUGAUUAUGAUGAUCGUGAAGAGGAGAAAUCUGAUGGUUAUGAUGAUUUUGAUAUUGAUUAUGAUGAAAAUGAUGAUUAUGAUGAUGAGGAGGAUGAAGAGGAGAGGAGUGAUGACAAUGAUGAUUAUGAUGAUCAUGAAGAGGAUAAAUCUGAUGGUUAUGAUGAUUUUGAUAUUGAUCAUGAUGACAAUGAUGAUUAUGAUGAUCAUGAGGAAAAGGAAGAAGUUGAGAAAGUGGAGAAGGUUGAUGGCAACAGAGUGCAGCUGUCUGAGUUACACAGAAGUGCAGUGGAUCAGGCCUUAGAGAGUAAGACUGGACACCUGGACCUUUUCCUCCGAUUUCUUCUUGGCCUCUCUCUGGACUCCACGCAGACUCUCUUAGGAGGACUACUGACAGGACAGACAGGACAUAGAUCAGAGAGCAAUAAGAAUACAAUCCAGUACAUUAAGAUGAAGAUUGAACAGGAAUACUCUGUGGAGAGGACCAUCAAUCUGUUUCACUGUCUCAAUGAACUGAAUGACAACUCACUAGUGGAGGAAAUCCAGAAUUCCCUAAGAUCAGGAAAACUCUCUGAUAAUGAGCUGGAACCACACCAAUGUUCAGCUCUGGCCUUUGUGUUACUGAUGUCGGAGGAGAUCCUGGAUGAGUUUGACUUGAGGACCUACAACACAUCAGCAACUGGUCUGAUGAGACUGGUAGCAGUAGUCAGAAACUGCAGGAAGGCCAUACUGAACAGCUGUGAUCUCACGGAGACGUCCUGUGAUAUUGUGGCCUCAGCUCUCCAGUCAUCAAACUCACCCCUGAGAGAUCUGGACCUCAGCUACAAUAACCUGGGAGAUUCAGGAGUGAAGUUGCUCUGCGCUGGACUGAUGAGUCCAAACUGUAAACUACUGAGACUUGGACUGACCAGCUGUGAUCUCACAGAGAAGUCCUGUGAUGUUGUGGCCUCAGCUCUCCAGUUAUCAAACUCAACCCUGAGAGAUCUGGACCUCAGCUACAAUAACCUGGGAGAUUCAGGAGUGAAGCUGCUCUGUGCUGGACUGAUGAGUCCAAACUGUAAACUACAGAUACUGGACCUCAGCAGCAAUAACCUGGGAGAUCGGAGCGUGCGGCGGUUCUGUGGUGGACUAAUGAGCCCAAACUGUGAACUACAUAGCUUGGACCUCAGCUACAAUAACCUGGGAGAUGCAGGAGUGAAGCUGCUCUGUGCUGGACUGAUGAGUCCAAACUGUAAACUGCAGAGGCUGGGACUGAACAGCUGUGACCUCACAGAGAAGUGCUGUGAUAUUGUGGCCUCAGCUCUCCAGUCAUCAAACUCACCCCUGAGAGAUCUGGACCUCAGCUACAAUAACCUGGGAGAUUCUGGAGUGAAGCUGCUCUAUGCUGGACUGAGGAGUCCAAACUGUAAACUACAGAGACUGGGACUGAACAGCUGUGACCUCACAGAGAAGUCCUGUGAUAUUGUGGCCUCAGCUCUCCAGUCAUCAGACUCACCCCUGAGAGAUCUGGACCUCAGCUACAAUAACCUGGGAGAUUCAGGAGUGGAGUUGCUCUGUGCUGGACUGAUCAGUCCAAACUGUAAACUACAGGUAAUGGGGUGAGUAGUGUUGUGUACUGCUUAAGUAAAUACAAUGAGUGAUUAUGGCUGUAUACAGUGGAAUUAAAAAAGCUCUUUCUGUCUGUUCACUCUUCUAUCCCCCUUCAUUCGUUCUUUGAGCACCUUAGUCUCAUCUGUCUCUUCUUACUUCUCUAGCACAGCAAAGAAAAGCAGGAUUAAACCUCACAGGUCUUAGGGUUGCUAGGGUUUUGUGGUUCCUGACCAAAAUGUAAGGUGUCAGUGGAGCCUGUAGUUUCAGGUCAUUGGUGAUGACUGGAUCCUGAUUGGCUGAUGGACGUGGUAAAAGAUCGACCAGCUGCAAAG